AUGGCGAGAAGCACCUUGAGCGUUCCCGUGUUUUGUGCUGCGUGGGCGAAGGAUGGCUAUGUCGUGUGUGGCGGUGGAGGCGGGGCAACGCGCAGCGGGCGUGGCAACAUGCUCAUCCUCGCGCGAUGGACCGGCUACGCGAUGGAACAGCUGUAUACACGGAGCACAGGCCUCGACGCUCCUUAUCAUCUGGCGAUCCAUCCCAAUGGAACGGACUUUGUUUGCUCCUUCAUCGCCAAUGAGUGGCACGACGGGAAACUGGAAUUCUUUCGCUUGGCUGAGGACUUGAGUAUAGAGAGCGCCCAUCGCGAAAUCGUCGUAACGAAGGAGCAGACUGCCAUGUCCUUCAGCAUGGACGGCACCAUGUUUGCAACCGCGGGAAUGAAUGGACACUUGCGUGUAUACAAAUGGCCUUCGUCGGAGCUUCUCGUGGACGAGCAGUGUGAGAUUGGAUCGGCAGAGUUUAAGUCUCUCGAAUUCAGUGAGGAAGGAACGCUCUUGGCUGCGUCCACAAGUGGUGGAAAAACUUACGUGUGGGAGCUCCAUGGAGACAAUCAUCUGCGUGUCAUUCCUUCCGAGGAAGGACGCUACUGCUGGUUCUCAAGGAGUUCAACGCCGCAACUCCAUGUAGCAUCAAGCAAAGGCCAUAUUACCAAGUGGAGUGAGGACUGGAGAACCAAAGAGACAUGCAAGGAGAGGUUUUGCACGCAUCCUUUCUCAGCCUUCAGUGUCAGCUCGGAUGGCAAGCUCUUGGCAAUGGGUUGCUCGGAGGGUGAUGUUCUCGUUGUCGAGGCCGCGACGCUCAAGGUUGUCCAACGAGUCAAAUCCGCGCACUCGUUUGCUAUUACCGCCGUCGAGUUCUCCAAGGACAACAGGUAUUUUCUGUCGACAUCCUUGAGCGGAGGUUUGAGGGUCUCGGAGCGGACGGAGAGUACUUUUAAGGUCACGCCUUCAAUGUCAAUACUGGUCUUUGUUAUAGUCUUUUUUCUCGGUUUUCUCACCUUGAGGUAGCUGUCCUUGCACAUAUUCUGCAAGUCGAAUUGUUUCUAUGGGCUCGAUAGGAAUAUAAAAGGUUGGAGCUUUG